GACCUUAUAAUACAGUAGAUUUCACAUUGUACCGAAAAUGGAAAAUAAUUCGGCCGCAGAUUCAGUUGAUACCAAAGUUGAAAUUAAGCCUAAAAGUCCAACCUUAGACGAGGGUGAAGACGAAUCACCUGACAAAAAAUUGUGCACGUCGCAACUACUACCAUCCAUAGACUUACAUAGUUCAGAUUAUUCUAUGAAUCAUGAAAAACGUGGUUUGGCUAUUAUUUUCAAUCACUUUAAAUUCGAUUCCCAAAAGUACAAGAACUCACAACGUUAUGGAACGAAAAAGGACCGUGAACGAUUGGAGAAAACGUUUGAAUUACUUGAUUUCGACGUACAAGUGCACAACGAUCGUAAUCGUCUGGAAAUCACUAAGAUUUUGCAGGAUGCUGCCGCUAUCGACCAUCGCAACAACGACUGUAUUGUAGUUGUCGUACUAAGCCAUGGCAACAAAGGUCGAUUGGAAGCGCUAGAUGGAACUUAUGAUGUAGAUGAAUUACUGGAACCAAUCCUUAACAGUCAGUCAUUAAUUGGUAAGCCAAAACUGUUUUUUAUACAGGCGUGUCGUGGAGUAAAAGGCGAUCCAGGCUUCGCUGCAACAGCCAAAGAUCAAUUGUGUCCAUUUUUGUCAGGCGGAGACAUGAUGGACUCUACAGAAUUCAGACCACAAUACUUUAAAAUUCCAUCGACGGCUGACCUGUUGGUCAUGUACGCAACAUACGAAGGUUGUUUUGCGUGGCGUAAUCCUGACAUGGGAUCUUAUUUUAUUCAAGCAUUAUGUGAUGAAUUUGAUGCAAAUGGGGCAAAAGAUGAUUUACUUCGUCUCUUAACUGGCGUCAAUCGAAAGGUUGCAUUCCAAUUCCAGUCAAACGUUCCUGGAAGUUCAAAAUUGAAUGCUAUGAAACAGAUGCCCAGCAUAGUAUCGAUGUUGACGAAAACGUUAAAUUUUACCGUGAAAGGCACGACGAGCACGAGGUCCGAGAAUUGUACUACAUCAGGUUAUUAGUUCUGUGUUGCGGUUUGAAUUUGUGUUUAUCCAAUUUCACAAAAACAAAAUAAUUUGACUAAUUUUUGAAAAGUUGUUCCGAACUGUUUUCAGUCAUAAAAUUUUAAGCAGAAAAGGCCACAGAAACGGGAAGAGACUAUUUAAGGGAAAAAUAUUUUCAAGAAUUUUUCCAAAUCUUCCAAAAGGAAAAUAUGGGGAAAUCCACGAAAGUAUGAGAAAACGCUUUCACAAAAAUAAUCAAGCUGACAAGAUAUUUCGAUGUUGUAAAAUUAUAAUUCGUCCAAUUAAAAAUUAAAAAUAAAUUGUGG